GCGCUUUUGCAGUUUUACUAGUUCCACGGUGCUGUCGUUUGUUUACGAGAGUGGUUAUUGUUUUUCGUGAUUAGUAAGAAAAAAAGGUGUCAGAUUGUAUUAACGUGUGUUGGAUAUGUUUAACUUUUGAAUUUGCGUUAAGCAAAGGAUUUGUUGUUUGUGUGCAAAAUACAAAAACGCCUGUGAGUUCGAACCGGGAGUCAAUAUUAUGAAUAUUAUGACUGGUGACCCAUACAAUAAGCGUUUUCCUCAGACAUUAUCGGAAUACACAAACAGUUGUUUCUCAAAUCCUGAAUUCGGAAUGCAUUCGCAACAAGAACCAGUGACUGCUCCAAAUCCUGAUGAACUUGGAUUCUCGCGAUACAAUGAAAAUUACAGUCCUUUCCAAAUGGGGAUCUACGAUCAGUGUCAAGUUCCAGCUUCUGGACCUUUCCAAUUUAAUUUGCCAAACUUAUUAAGCAGCACUUCAAACAGCUUCUUAUUUUCUUCAUCACAAUCUAAUGCACCACAAGGGUUACCAUCUAGUUCAGUUGUGCACUUCCCCUUUGCUAAUGAUGCUUUUACUCAACCAAGUUACCAGAAAAACUUGAAUAAUUUCACAGAAAAACUGAAUGGUGCUUUCAGUGAAUCAAGUAAAUUUAUGAGGGAUAUUUAUAGAUGCAAACGUAAACCAGAAUCUAUUGACUUGCCACCAUUUAAACAACACAUUACAGAAGAAAAGAUGGCAGAGAGUAUGAGUCGACUGCACAUUAAUUCAGAAACACCUGUCAGCUGCAGUGAACCAGAAGAUAAGAAAAUGCAAAGAUUGUAUAUGUGUGAUGAGAUGCGGCGAUUGCAAGCAGAAUCAAUCAUACCCCAUCAGAUAUUGUCCAAGAUUGCAAGACCAUGCACUGCAUUGGUCCCAUGGACACCACCAGUAGUUUCAUUACCUGGUACAAGUGGGGUAUCAAAUAAUGGUGGCAAUGACAACAACAACAACAAUAAUAACGAUGAUGAAUUGGAUAAUUACACUUCAGACAGCGAUAAAUCUGCGAUUGAAAUUGAAGUAGAACCCAAUCCUAAUAUGGAUUUGGACUUGUGAUGUGUCUAGGUGAUGAAGUAUUAAAUAUAAGGCUACGUAAUACUAUAAUAAAUGUUCUAAUAUGACUGAUUUUGCCAUUUUCCUUUUUUAAUUUUCGGUAACUUUAAUGAAGUGUAUUUUAACAACAAUUGCAAAUUUUGUGAAUCAUCUGUACAUUCUCAGAAAUAAAUGUCCUAAAUAUCCA